AUGGACCUCCUCACACAACUUGACAGCGACAUUGAUCUGCUGCUCAAGAUCAUGUCUUCCUCCGUCGCAUUCAUCUCUCGCAAAGCAAAACACUCUAUAUUGCCUGCAUCCACCGUACCCCUCACCAUAUUGGGCAAGACAGAAGCCAUCGAACCCGAUGAGAUGGACCACGCCAUCGCAGAACUCGUCGAAGACCUCGUGGAGAAAGCAGACUCGAUCCGAGCCAUCAUCAAACACCUCCCCACCGAGGAGAGUCUUGGAGGCGACGCAGAGCUGGAAGCGGAGCUUAAGCGAAUGGAGACCGAGAUGAAGGUGGUCAACGACGACUACCGAAGUGCGGUACAGGAGGCAGAGAGGUUGAGGGUCGAAGUGGGCGAGCUGGUCAGGUUGCUCAGUGAGAGGCAGACCGAGGGUCGUGCGUGGUUGGUCAACGAGUUGGAGGGCAAUGGCGAUCGAGAACAGGUGGACACUGUAGGGUGA